AUGGCGAAAACCAGACAUGGAAUUCGUAGUGCUCGUGCUCGUGCCAAGCAAGACGCCAGGGUACGGGCCUAUAGGGACCAUGACCCGGCAAAAGUCAAAGCUGCCAUAGAACAGGAUUUACACAUUCACCGCAUUCGUAAAUUCCCAUCCGAUUUUCUCGCCAUCCAACGGAGUGGUGCUCUGCUUAUAUCACUGCCCGAGUACGGCAAGAUCCUAUUACCUCUCGACCAUCUUCCCGCCGACACCAUUCCGGCUGGCAUGCCUCCUCACCUCGCAAUUCGCUACGAACAUUUUCUCUCCGCGGACCAUCAGAGGCGCUUGCAGCGGCGUUGGGAUGACGUACGAGCCAGCGAUGCUGGCCAGCACCUCAAGUGUGACACCAACCGGUCGAACGCGGACGGAUACCACUUUGGUAUCUGGGAGGUGACUGGCAAGAUGCCUCGCUUGACCGCGGAAACGCACAAACAGUCAGCCAAGGCACAGGAAGCGAUCAACGCCUUGCUAUUUUACGUGCAGACUUUCAUUGCACCCAAGAUAGGCACGGCGUUCGAGGAGCACGCUCCAAAUCAUUGGGCUGCUAUGCUUAAGGCACAUGCUCGUGUACAGAAAUGUUUACGACGUAGGAUUCUGGAACGUCCCAUCACAGAUAUGGGAGGGCCAUUUUUUGCCCUUGCCGUGAAAGAAUCCGGUUCUGGCUUAAUACACAUCGACUGGAACGACAAUCGUGCGAUCUACGCGUACAUUUUCGCCGUCGGAGACUGGGAAGGUGGCGAAUUUUGUAUCCCGCAGUUGGGAAUCAAAAUUCCUGUCCGACCAGGCCAAGUCUUAGCUGUUUUGGCCCGUGUUGUGGCUCAUUUCAGCGCUCCGGUGACCACAGGCCGCAGGAUCGUACGGCGCGGGAACCUGCAGAGUGUGAGCGCAAGGUUUCCGGUACAUGAAAAUCAACCGGCCAUCUGCAGACCCGCCGCUCGAAGCUAUGUCGUUGGUGCUCAUGCUGCGUGA